AUGCUGUACCAACCAGGAUCAGAAGAGAAUUCUUUGAAUUCGGACGAAGCAGUGCCUCUGUGGGCAAUUUUGGCAAACUGGAAUGGACCUGAAUCCUCUGGCCGGCAACCACCUCUGCGCAAAUAUCCGUGGAACAGAUUCAAGUUUGCGAACUAUCAUCGCGCUCAGAGAGCUUACGCUGAAGUAUGUUUAUCAGAAGAUCUCAACUCGUUUUUGAAUAAUACGAGUAUGUCGCUUUGUUUGCAAUGA